GAUGCGGCGGCGCGGCCGGAGCGGCGGCGGGAAGCGGAGGCGGAGGUGACGCGCCAGGCAGGGCCGGCGGGGCCGGGCCAUGCAGCGCUCCCGGGCGGCCGCGGACGAGGCGGCCCUGCUCCUGGCCGGGCUGGCCCUGCGGGAGCUGGAACCGGCGGACUCUCCGGGCCGGGGACGGCGGGGGCCGCGGGCCCCGGGGGACGAGGCGGCGCCGGCGCUGGGCCGCAGAGGCAAGGGCGGCGGCGGCGGCGGCCCCGAGGCCGGGGCGGACGGACCGAGCCGCGGGGACCGAGGCCCGCGACGCGCGGUGGCGCCCGAGCUCAGCGCGCAGCCCUCGGGCAGCCCUCGGGCCAGCCUGGCGGGCUCGGACGGCGGCGGCAGCGCGCGCUCCAGCGGCAUCAGCCUGGGCUACGACCAGCGCCACGGCAGCCCGCGCUCCGGCCGCUCGGACCCGCGGCCCGGCCCCGGCCCCGGGCCGCCGUCGGUGGGCAGCGCCCGCUCCAGCGUGUCCAGCCUGGGCUCCCGGGGCUCGGCGGGCGCCUACGCCGACCUGCUCCUGCCGGGCGCCGGCCCCGCGCCCGCCCGCUCCCCGGAGCCUGCGGGGCCGCCCGCACCCUUCCCGCUGCCCCCGCUGCAGCUGCCCCCCGGCCGGGAGGGCGGCCCGAGCGCGGCCGAGCGGCGGCUGGAGGCGCUCACCCGGGAGCUCGAGCGGGCGCUGGAGGCGCGCACGGCGCGGGACUACUUCGGCGUCUGCAUCAAGUGUGGGCUCGGCGUUUAUGGAGCGAGGCAGGCGUGCCAGGCAAUGGGGAGCCUGUACCACACCGACUGCUUCACCUGUGACUCCUGUGGGAGACGACUCCGUGGGAAGGCGUUCUACAAUGUGGGCGAGAAGGUGUACUGCCAGGAAGACUUCCUGUACUCCGGGUUCCAGCAGACGGCUGACAAGUGUAGUGUGUGUGGACACCUCAUCAUGGAGAUGAUCCUGCAGGCCCUGGGCAAGUCCUACCACCCGGGCUGCUUCCGGUGCUCGGUGUGUAACGAGUGUCUGGACGGGGUGCCCUUCACUGUGGACGUGGAGAACAACAUCUACUGUGUCAGAGACUAUCACACGGUGUUUGCACCAAAAUGUGCCUCUUGUGCUCGUCCUAUCCUCCCUGCACAGGGCUGUGAGACCACCAUCCGUGUGGUGUCCAUGGACAGAGACUACCACGUGGAGUGUUAUCACUGUGAGGACUGCGGGCUGCAGCUGAGCGGCGAGGAUGGACGUCGCUGCUACCCGCUGGAUGGCCACCUGCUCUGCCGCCGCUGCCACCUGCGGCGCCUGGGGCCUGGCCCACUUCCCACGCCUGCUGUGCACGUCACUGAGCUCUGAGCAGGGGCCGGGCGGGCGUGGGUGUGGGAGGGAGGUCAGCCGGCUGUGCUUCCCCCCGUCCCCUCCCACCAAGCUGCUGUCCUGUCCGCAGGGGCCGGACCCCCGCGUUAAAGCUACUCCUAUUUAUUCACCGUCUGUGCCUCCUCAAGCCGCUUCCCUCCCUCUGCGGGGGGCAUCACCAGCCUUAGGCCCCAGGACCCCUGCACCCUGCAGCCUCAGGGCAGGCCUGGGGGUCACCGGGCUGGAGAGGAAGGGCCGCCUGCCGUGGCCCGGCCCUGGUGGGAGCCACUUUCCUUGGUUCGGAAGAGGCCUGGGGUCGGGUCCAAGCGCGCUCCUUGGAGCUGGGGUUGGUGGAGAGCGCACGGGUUUGCGUGUUUCCUAAACGCCUUGCCCGCUGGUGGGUGGGAAGGGUGCCUUAUUUGCGUGGGGUCCCCGAGCAGGGGAGGAAUGUCACCCCGGGGAAUCUUUGGGAGGUUUGGCCAUGGGGGUCUUCUGGGUGUUUUCAGCCACGUCCCCCUUCCCUGAGUCCUGGACUGGGGAAAAGACCUGCGCAGAAAUCCGGCCGCUGGUGUCGCGAAGGGGGCGCCUGGCCCGGGAGGCACCUGUGCGCUGUGCAUCAGGCUCCACGACGAACGGAUACGAUUUGACUUAAAUUAAGUUUUUCCUUCGAGGAUAUUUUCGUUUUCUUUAAAAGAAUAUAGUUUUCUUGUAAGAAUCUGGACCGAUGUGGUUAUUUCUGAAGAAAACUGCAGACUCACAGAUGUCCAAAAUUAGCUCAAUUUAAGGUGGUAAGAACCUUUUUGUGUGUGUGUGAUGGGAUUUUUUUUCAAGACAGG